CUUUCCCCUUGAAAACCUUCAUUCUGUUCCUGCAAUUAUAAUGGCAUCAAAGCAAGCAAUGGUGGCUUUUGCUGCUCUCAUCAUAUGCCUCUUGCUUUCUUCAGGUAUUGGAGUGAGCGGCCAAACUUGUUACUACAUUGAAGAAAAUUGUCGUGCCAAUGCUGAUUGCACAAAAAUAUGCUCCAAUCAGGGAUACGAGUCCGGUGCCAUAUGUGUUCCUAACAAUACGGGAUCGACGCAUUGUUGCUGUGUCAUUGACUCUUGACCGUACCUAAACUAUUAGGUGGUAGAAUAAAGGUGGC